GAGGGACUGAGGUCAGACAGCUGGAAUCGUUCCUAGGAACUCUUCACCGUAACCCUGCCAGGUCAAGACUCCAGGGCUCUACAGGUUGAAGCGGGGUUGCUACAAAAGCGAGGGGUCUUAGAGGGAAAUGAAUUGUGAAGGCUGCGACAGGAAUUCUGUCGUUUAUUGAACCUAACCGCAGCAUUCUCCGCACGAGCUCCAGAGACCGAGAAAUGGGGAUCAAGGAAGAGCCAUUUUUCUAACCAAUACACUACAACUGGCCGAUCUUCCAACCACUGGAGACUCCUCCCAACCCGGCAGGGCGAGUGUAGGGCACGCGAGGUUCUGCGGAGUUGGGGCGGGGAUGGUGCGUCCAGCCCAGCCUCACCGCAGGCAUAGAUCAGCGAGCUGAGAAUGAAGCGGAGAGCAUCAGACAGAGGAGCUGGGGAAACGUCAGCCAGGGCGAAGGCUCUAGGAAGUGGGAUUUCCGGAAAUAAUGCAAAGAGAGCUGGACCGUUCAUCCUGGGUCCCCGUCUGGGCAACUCACCGGUGCCAAGCAUUGUGCAGUGUUUGGCUAGGAAAGAUGGCACGGAUGACUUCUAUCAGCUGAAGAUCCUUACCCUUGAGGAGAGGGGGGACCAAGGAAUAGAAAGCCAGGAGGAGAGGCAAGGCAAGAUGCUGUUACACACCGAGUACUCUCUGCUUUCCCUCCUCCACACGCAGGAUGGCGUGGUUCACCACCAUGGGCUCUUUCAGGACCGCACCUGUGAGAUUGUUGAGGACACAGAAUCCAGCCGAAUGGUUAAGAAGAUGAAGAAGCGCAUCUGCCUCGUCCUCGACUGCCUCUGUGCACACGACUUCAGCGACAAGACGGCCGACCUCAUCAACCUGCAGCACUACGUCAUCAAGGAGAAGAGGCUCAGCGAGCGGGAGACUGUAGUGAUCUUCUACGACGUGGUGCGCGUGGUGGAAGCCCUGCACCAGAAAAACAUUGUGCACAGAGACCUGAAGCUUGGGAACAUGGUGCUCAAUAAGAGGACACAUCGGAUAACCAUCACCAACUUCUGCCUCGGGAAGCAUCUCGUGAGCGAGGGGGACCUGCUGAAGGACCAGAGGGGGAGCCCCGCCUACAUCAGUCCCGACGUGCUCAGUGGCCGGCCAUACCGGGGCAAGCCGAGCGACAUGUGGGCCCUGGGCGUGGUGCUCUUCACCAUGCUCUACGGCCAGUUCCCCUUCUAUGACAGCAUCCCGCAGGAGCUCUUCCGCAAGAUCAAGGCCGCCGAGUACACCAUCCCUGAGGAUGGGCGGGUUUCUGAGAACACGGUAUGUCUCAUCCGGAAACUGCUGGUCCUCGACCCCCAGCAGCGCCUCGCCGCCACCGACGUGCUGGAGGCCCUCAGUGCCAUCAUCGCAUCGUGGCAGUCCCUGUCGUCUCUGAGCGGGCCUUUGCAAGUGGUUCCUGACAUCGACGACCAAAUGAGCCAUGCGGACAGCUCCCAGGAGGCCAAGGUGACGGAGGAGUGCUCCCAGUACGAGUUUGAGAACUACAUGCGGCAGCAGCUGCUGCUGGCCGAGGAGAAGAGCUCCAUCCACGAGGCCCGGAGCUGGGUGCCCAAGCGGCAGUUCGGCAGCGUGCCCCCCGUGCGCCGGCUGGGCCAUGACGCGCAGCCCAUGAACCCCCUGGACGCAGCCAUCCUGGCGCAGCGCUACCUGCGGAAAUAGCAGCCUCGGUCAGGCAGGGCCACCAGCGGCCGCCCGCCACCUCUUCCCAGCCCCCAGCCCAGCACCCAGCUGUGGGGGCUGGGCCCCGUGGUUCUGAACUCUCUCCAGGGUGCAGCGGGGACGGGGCAGGGACAGCCCAGGUCAUACAUGGGGUCAGCAGAGGUACCACGAAGCUACCUUUUGAGAUGAUUGCUUGAUCGUUUGGUUUUUUAAUCUGAGAAGCCUAGAUAACUAAUCUGCUUUUAAUCACGAUGUUUUAAUCUACCUCUGUCUCUUUAACCAUGCUGUCUCUGGACUGAGUGAGAGGGAGGAGGAGGGAGCCCACCCUGUCCCAGGGUCUGAGCCGGCCACUGCCGGGCAGAGCCCCCACAGUCCAAAUAAGCUGAGAGUGCAGCUCGCUGCUGGCUCCCCAUGAACGCCCACCCCACGCUCCCCCAGGCCCCUCCCACCCGGUCCCGUCCUGCCCCUCCUGAACCCAGGCCCUUCCGUCUAAGCUUUGGAAAACCUUCACCUCAUCUUAAGCAGAAUUCAAAUAUAUUUAUUUUUGUACUGAAACCAACUUCUCUCCCAUCUCUAGGUGGCUAGGCCCGUGGCCUCUCCCUGCCCCCAGCCUGGCUGGACAGCAGGGGGCCACAGCCCACAGAUGGGCCCCUCCCUCGCCCCCAGGCCCAGAAGCCCCUUCUUGCCGUCCCCUCUCCCCCUCCCACCCACCAGUCCCUCCUUGUUUCUGGUGAUGGGGAGGCCUCUCUAGACUUGGUUCUCUUUCUCCCAUCUCAGUAGCUUCUCUGAGGUGCUGUACCCUCGCAUUAACCCUGGCUUCCUUCUCCGCCCCUCGCCGUGGUGCCGUGGUAUCAAGGUAACUUGGACAGAGAUGUGAAAGGGGUGCCUGUGGUCAGGCUGGGGAGGGCUGGCUGGACUCCUGUCCGUGUGAACAGGUGGCCCUGCGUGCACGCCCUCUCGCUCCCCACACCCCACUCUGUGUUCAGAGAACAGUGGCGGCAUCUCCCCUCUGCCCUUGCCUCAUGAGAGAUGAGGCGCCUCUCCCAGCAGACCCUGGCCAGAGUCCUUCCUGCAGCCUGCGGGGCUCGUGGGGAGACCUGUGGGGACCGGGGGCCCUGCCUGGCUUGAGAACAGUCCUGCUGCCCCUUUUGAGCCGAGAUUUUGAAGUGGAUGCCUGUCUUGCCAGAAACGCUGUUCUCACCAGAAUGCGCACCCCCCCCAACUGGACUUGGCCCUGCCCAGUGCCAAGCAAAGUGCUCCCCCCAGCCUACCCCCACCGCCUGCAGAGGCCCAGUGUUCCCUCCAGGCAGCCCUGGGGCUGCAGGCCUUUCCUGCCUGGCCAUGCUCCCCAGUGGGGAGGUGACCGAGGCCUGCGUGACUUUGUUUCCCAGAGUGUGAGCUGCCCCCUCCCCAAAAGCUGACUCACUGUGAGUGGCUUGGGCAAGUUCCCAAACCUCCUUGUGCCUCAGUUCCCCAUCUGGACAAAAUGGGGCCACCUCUUGCCAGCAGUAGCAGGGCCGCCCACGCCCCUUCCUUUCCAUGUCCCCACCCCAGCACUUGGGCGUCCCGUGCCUCUGCCUCAGUGGGCCUUGGGAGCCCGUCUGAGCCCAGCACUUACCCCCUGAGCACGGCGCUCUGCCUCGACCAGCUGUCCAGCCGCUGGGAGCCAGGGCCUCGUGCCGUGGGGGCGGGGGGUGCCCUCUUUUCUAUAUUUAUUUCAAAAAGAAGUCUCCUAAGGGAGUAGAAAUGCAGUCCAGCCUAGGGCUCCCAGCCCCUGUGACUGUCCUGUGAGGGUCUCAGCCGAGCCCCCGUCCAGCAACCUGCCCAGACCCUCGGGCCUGCUUGCCACGUGUGGUCUUUCUCCUUUUCAAAGCAAUAUCCUCGGGUUCUGCAAAGCCCUGUCAGACAGACUGGUCCCUUCCAAGGUCAACCCAUGUGUCUGAUUACAUUUCUGGUAAAGCAAGUGAGAGGAGGUGGGGUCUGUCCUCACUGGGGGUCACACGCUGAGAGAAGUCCUGUUGUAAAGAAACAAAACAAAACGGAAAAAGUCACAAAAAAGUUUGUAUAAAGACAUAUUUUUGUACUACAUGGGGACUCUUCCUGCAUGUCAGCAAUAAAACUUCCUGAUCUGGGG